AUGACGCCUACUGCGCAGACAGGCAAGCCAAGGCAUCUGCAAAUGAGGAAGGAAGCGCGGUACACGACGCUCGAGAAGCCGUCGGCAACUUUCUCCGUUCUAGGAGAAAGACAGAGGAAUAUGGUGACGGAGUGCCCUGUGACGAUCACCGUUCCGGAAAAGACAUCUCCGGCCCCGGGUCCUGGAGCCGGAGAGCCGCAGCCAGAAAGCGUGGUUGAAUGCACCGUGGGGGAAGGAAAAGACCAGCAAGUCACUGUUUCCGCGAAGAUUCAGAUUGUGCACAUCAAAUGCAACCCGGACACGGCUUCGUCGAAGCCCGCCGAAGCACUCCAGGUUUUCAACAACGCCGACGGUACAUGCAGCCAGCAACGCGAUCUCUCUGCUCUGGCUCCCAACGGUACGCGCUCGCAGAAAUCCGACAAGAGCGUGUACACGGUGGCUUUCCCGCAGCUCCCUUCUGCAGCAAAGUCGCUCGGUUGCAGGCGCGAAUCUGCUAGGCAAACAGGCACCUCGGAGACCCAGAAAUGCCGCACUGUUAGUGACGUGUUGGCAGAAACACAUACAUCCGCGGCGGAGCCGCCGACCUCUGAUGCCGCCUCUCGACGGUCAGGAGCGUAUAGCUGGGCAGCGGCUGGCGUGCUGGUCAGCGCUACAACGGCUGCUCGUCUUGCGUGGAAGGCUCCGCCGAGAGUGCCUCACUGA